AUGGUCUUCACACCAAUUCAUCCUGACGAACAGCGAUUCGUCGACACCGCCAUCAAACUUGUGCAAACCGCCGGAACGUUGGUGCGCACCGCUUUUGAUUCAAAGGAGAGCAAAGUUGAUACCAAAUCAUCGAAUACUGACCUCGUUACGGAAACUGACCAAGCUGUUGAGAAAUUGCUAAUUGAAGGAUUGCAAAAUGCAUUUCCCGACCAUAGAUUCAUUGGUGAGGAAUCUGUCGCUGGUGGCACUAAAAUUGAGUGGACCGAUGCUCCAACAUGGAUCAUUGAUCCCAUCGAUGGAACGACCAACUUCGUUCAUCGGAUUCCGAUGAUUGCCAUCUGCGUCGGUCUCGCCAUCAAUAAGCAACUUCGCGCAGGAAUAGUCUACAACCCAAUCACUUACGAACUGUACACCGCACAAGUUGGCGGCGGUGCUUACAAAAACGGCUUUCCGAUACAUGCGUCAUCCAACAAGUUGCUUUCGAAAGCGGUUCUUUGCCAAUCAUUGGGCAUCCACAACCGCACGAUAUUCGGCGACAAAUGGUUGGACGUCGCCACGGCGAACAUGAAAAAUCAAGUGCUGGCCGGUGUGCGUGGGUAUGUCGCAAUUUGUUUAUCUGUGUCGGAUAGUGUGCUCAUUCUUCAGUUGGGCUCGAUUCGCAAUCCUGUCAUGCGAAAUUCCUUCAUCAGCUCCUAUAGCUCGGUGAUGUUCGAUAACCAGUGUCACGGGCAUCGUUCAUUCGGAUCUGCUGCUAUUAACAUGGUAAUGGUAGCACAAGGAAGCUGCGACGGCUACGUCGAAUAUGGAAUUCAUGCAUGGGACGUUGCCGCUCCAGGAGUGAUCGUUAAAGAAGCUGGAGGAGCAUUGAUCGAUCCAACUGGCUCCGAGUUUAAUGUGAUGUCUAGGAAAGUGCUAUGCGCUGGAACCCCGGAACUCGCUAAUGACCUUUCCAAAAUCUUAACCCAUGUCGAUUUUGAGCCCGAAGCUUAG